AUGGCUGGCCCAACAUUAGAAAGACCGAUCCGGAUAUCCAUAGACCGCGGCGGCACCUUUACGGAUUGCGUAGCCGUCAUCACAGGCCAGGAAGAUAUCGUUAUCAAGAUCCUGUCUGUGGACCCGCGCAACUACCCAGAUGCGCCCACUGAAGCUAUCAGACUGGUGUUGGAGAGAUUCUAUGGCAAGGCGAUCCCACGAGGAGCCAAGCUGGACUUGAAGGACGUCGAAUGGGUUCGUAUGGGCACAACCGUUGCUACAAAUGCCUUGCUUGAGCGUAAGGGUGAGAGGACAGCCUUCCUCGUCACCCGCGGCUUUAAGGAUGUGCUCCAGAUCGGGAACCAGUCCCGGCCGUACAUGUUCGACCUCGCCAUCAGGCGGCCGUCUCCGCUGUACUCGGAUGCUUUCGAAGUCGACGAGCGGGCCGUCCUCCAGUCAUGUGCGGACUCAGACUUGCGGACGAUGAGGCUGGAGCCCCCUGAGCCGCUGGAAACUGUCGUCGGGACCUCGGGCGAGACAGUCCAGGUCGUCGAGCACCUCGACACCGGGAAAACGCGCGAUUAUCUGAGGAGGAUUUACGACGAGGGGUUCCGGUCUAUUGCCGUCUGCCUGAUGCACUCGUACAUAUUUCCCCGCCAUGAGCUCCAGAUCGCAGAGCUUGCCCGCGAGGUCGGCUUCGAACACAUCACGCUGUCGCACCAGGUCUCCCAGCGGCCGAAGCUGGUGCCGAGGGGGAACUCGGUCGUCGUCGAUGCCUACCUCACCCCGGCUAUCAAGAAGUACCUCAGCCAGUUCUCAGCCAGCUUCCCGGGCCUCGAGCAGUCCGGCGCCAGGCUCGAGUUCAUGCAGUCGGACGGUGGUCUCGUGCCGGCCUCAACACUGAGAGGCCUGCACUCGAUCCUCUCCGGGCCCGCUGGUGGCGUGGUGGGAUACUCGCAGACAUGCUACGACGAGGCCGACAAGGUGCCCACUAUCGGUUUCGACAUGGGCGGCACGAGCACCGAUGUGAGCCGUUACGACGGGAAGCUGGACCAUAUCUUCGAGACGACGACCGCUGGCAUCAGUAUCCACGCCCCACAGCUCAACUCGUCUGACAGCCCUGCCGUGGUGCCAAAGCCCUCCUCGCUUGUGGUAGACGUCAGCCCACCACAGGCACACAAUAUCAGCACGGCCGUGCUCGACCCAGUGGCCCUGUCUGUCUUCCGCCAUCGCUUCAUGGGCGUGGCCGAGCAGAUGGGAAGGGUGCUGCAGAACUUCAGCGUCAGCGCCAACAUCAAGGAGCGCCUGGACUUCAGCUGCGCCAUCUUCACGCCCGAUGGCUCCCUUGUUGCAAAUGCGCCUCACGUUCCGGCCAUGAUUGGAACCUUUGGUGGUACACACUUGCCGGACUUGACCAUUGUCACGCCCGUUUUUGACGCACAAGGCAAAGAAAUCGUCUUUUGGGCUGCGUCCCGAGGCCACCACGCCGAUGUCGGUGGUAUCCGUCCCGGUUCCAUGCCCCCAAGUUCGAAGUUCCUGUGGGAGGAGGGUGCCGUGUUCGAUUCUUUCCUGCUUGUACGCGACGGCGUAUUUGCAGAAAAAGAACUCCAGCGCCUGUUGUGCGAGGAGCCGGCCAAGAUGCCUGGUACAAGCGGAACCAGGUGCUUCCAAGACAACGUGACGGAUCUCAAGGCCCAGGUUGCGGCAAACCACACCGGCAUACGGCUGGUUCGUCAACUGAUCGAGGAAUAUACGAUGGAUGUCGUCCAGAUGUACAUGGGAGCCAUCCAAGACUCGGCCGAACUGGCCAUCCGCAACCUGUUCAAGAAGCUCGCCGUAAAGACCCAGGGCUCCGGGCUGCACGCCAUAGACCACAUGGACGACGGGACCCCAAUACAGCUCCAGGUGACCAUCGACGCCGACUCGGGCUCCGCACUCUUCGACUUCACCGGCACGGGGCCCGAGGUCUACGGCAACUGGAACGCGCCCGAGGCCAUCUGCAACUCGGCCGUCAUCUACGCCCUCCGCUGCAUGGUCGACUCGGACAUCCCGCUCAACCACGGCUGCAUCCGGCCCAUGACCCUCGUCACCCCGGAGCAUUCCUUACUCAAACCCGAGCCACCGCGCCGCCGUCGCAUCGUCGACGUCAUCUUCCGCGCCUUCGGCGCCUGCGCCGCCAGCCAGGGCUGCAUGAACAACCUCACCUUCGGCCUCGACGGCGAGGGCGGCUUCGGGUACUACGCGACCAUCGCCGGCGGCAGCGGGGCCGGCCCUUCGUGGCACGGGACCAGCGGUGUCCAUACCAACAUGACAAACACCCGCAUCACAGACCCGGAGUCCCUCGAGCGCAGAUACCCCGUCGACCGGGAGCGGCGCGGCCAGGGGGCGUACCGCGGGGGCGAGGGCGUCAUCCGCGACGUCGGCUCCCGGGUCCCAAUGUCGGCGUCCAUCCCAUCUGAGCGGAGGAGCUUCGCCCCGUACGGCAUGGAAGGGGGCGGUGAGGGAGGCCGGGGUCGUAAUACCUGGGUCCAGAGGGAUGGCCGGCGCAUUAAUAUCGGAGGCAAGAACUCGAUCAAGGCUGACGCUGGCGACAGGCUGGUGGUUGAAACGCCUGGAGGCGGUGGUUAUGGCGUGAUCCAAGAUGGAGGAAAGGAAGAACAGCCCCAAACCAUGACAUCCUUUGUUCCCGUUGCCGGAGGUAGUGUAGGGGCGACAAGGGAUCUUGCAGAGCAGGUGUGA